AGAAUCCCUAAAGAGUUCUACUUCUAUAUAACCUCGUUACCAUGUCAUGGAGGCGCCAUUCUGAUCUUUCUGUUCUAAACUCUAAAACUGAUUAUAAUCCUCUGUUCUGGGCUACGCUGUCUUUCCUUUCUGGGUGCUCUUAAAAUCGGGUUUUGAGUUAUUCAUAAAUGGCUGACACAGAGACGUUUGCUUUCCAAGCUGAGAUUAACCAGCUCCUCAGUUUGAUUAUCAACACUUUCUACAGCAACAAGGAGAUCUUUCUUCGUGAGCUCAUUAGCAACGCUUCCGAUGCUUUGGACAAGAUUAGAUUUGAGAGCUUGACAGACAAGAGCAAACUUGAUGCUCAACCAGAGCUCUUUAUUCACAUUGUUCCAGACAAGAUAAGCAACACCCUGUCCAUCAUUGAUAGUGGUAUUGGCAUGACCAAGGCUGAUUUAGUGAACAAUCUCGGUACUAUUGCAAGGUCUGGGACCAAGGAAUUCAUGGAGGCAUUGGCUGCCGGUGCUGAUGUUAGCAUGAUCGGACAAUUUGGUGUUGGUUUCUACUCGGCUUACUUGGUCGCCGAGAGGGUUGUUGUUACAACGAAACACAAUGAUGAUGAGCAGUAUGUGUGGGAAUCUCAAGCCGGUGGAUCCUUCACUGUCACAAGGGAUACUUCUGGGGAGAACCUUGGUAGGGGUACUAAAAUUACCCUUUUCUUGAAGGAAGACCAGCUUGAGUACCUUGAGGAGCGACGUUUGAAGGACUUGAUAAAGAAGCAUUCUGAAUUCAUUAGCUACCCAAUUUCCCUUUGGAUUGAGAAGACGACUGAGAAGGAGAUUUCCGAUGAUGAGGAUGAAGAGGAUAAGAAGGAUGAGGAAGGGAAGGUUGAGGAUGUUGACGAGGAAAAGGAGAAGGAAGAGAAGAAAAAGAAGAAGAUCAAGGAGGUCUCGCACGAGUGGUCAUUGGUGAACAAGCAAAAGCCGAUUUGGAUGAGGAAGCCCGAGGAGAUUACCAAGGAAGAAUAUGCUGCAUUCUACAAAAGCCUUACAAAUGAUUGGGAAGAGCAUUUGGCUGUCAAGCACUUUUCAAUUGAGGGCCAAUUGGAGUUCAAGGCUAUUCUCUUUGUUCCAAAGAGGGCACCAUUUGAUCUUUUUGAUACGAGGAAGAAACCCAACAACAUCAAGCUCUAUGUUAGGCGUGUCUUUAUUAUGGACAACUGUGAGGAGCUCAUUCCCGAGUUUCUUGGCUUCGUUAAGGGUAUAGUUGACUCUGAGGAUCUUCCUCUAAACAUCUCUAGAGAAAUGUUGCAGCAGAACAAGAUCUUGAAGGUUAUCCGAAAGAAUCUGGUCAAGAAGUGCAUUGAGCUCUUCUUUGAAAUAGCUGAGAACAAGGAAGAUUACAGUAAGUUCUAUGAGGCCUUCUCCAAGAACCUCAAACUUGGUAUCCAUGAGGAUUCUCAGAACAGAAACAAGAUUGCAGAAUUGCUCCGAUAUCACUCUACCAAGAGUGGUGAUGAGAUGACCAGCUUGAAGGACUAUGUGACCCGAAUGAAGGAGGGUCAGAAUGACAUCUAUUACAUCACUGGUGAGAGUAGAAAGGCAGUUGAAAACUCCCCAUUCCUUGAGAAGUUGAAGACGAAAGGUUAUGAGGUGCUCUAUAUGGUUGAUGCCAUCGAUGAGUAUGCUGUCGGUCAGCUCAAGGAAUUUGAGGGCAAAAAGCUUGUGUCUGCAACAAAGGAAGGUCUUAAACUUGAUGAGAGUGAAGAUGAGAAGAAAAAGAAGGAAGAAUUGAAGGAGAAAUUUGAGGGUCUUUGCAAGGUCAUCAAGGAUGUACUAGGUGACAAGGUUGAGAAAGUUGUGGUCUCCGAUCGAGUUGUUGAUUCUCCCUGCUGUUUGGUAACAGGUGAGUAUGGUUGGACCGCCAACAUGGAGAGAAUCAUGAAGGCCCAAGCUUUGAAAGACAACAGUAUGGCUGGAUAUAUGUCGAGCAAGAAGACGAUGGAGAUCAAUCCUGAGAAUCCCAUCAUGGAAGAGCUGAGAAAGAGAGCUGAUGCUGAUAAGAAUGACAAGUCUGUGAAAGACCUUGCUCUUCUGCUAUUUGAGACUUCUAUCCUCACAUCCGGGUUCAGUCUCGAUGACCCAAACACCUUUGGAAACAGAAUCCAUAGGAUGUUGAAGCUUGGGUUGAGCAUUGAUGAGGAUGCAGGGGAUGAUGAGGUUGAUUCUGAGAUGCCUCCAUUGGAUGAUGUUGAUGCCGAGGACUCCAAGAUGGAGGAAGUCGACUAAGAUUAUAACAUGUUACGAUGAAUGGUUUUAUAUUAUUCUGAUGACCUCUUUUAGCUUUAAUGUUUUAGUAAUGGGGAAUUCCGGAGUAGUUUGUAUGUUUUUUUCCUUUAUUAGUAAUGAGCAAUAAUAUAUGUUUUAG